AUGGAGCUGCUGCCCGAGCUGUGGAAGAAUGUCAUCCAGCGGAACCCGAACUUUUGCGAUCACGUCUGUCACGCGUGGCUGGCCCGCUCACUACGGUUGAUGGAGUUGCAAAAUGGGCAUAUGUCGUCGAGAGAGGGCAUCGAGAAAAACAACGAGCAAAUCCCGGAGAGCUCGUUUAUCGGGGUCUACACGACGAAGAGCUAUGGGAACAAGAAGAAGCGGGCCGGCCUUUUCAAGCAGGCCUCGGUUUCGAUCAAGAAAGUCGGAAAGGUAACCUGGAAACCUUCCGGCCAAAGAAAAAUCACCGGCACGUGGUUUGGACUGGCGGAAAGCUUGAUCGAGCAGUACAACGCCCAUAUCAUGGACGUGGAAGAAGUGCACGAGCGCGAGAUGAAGCUCAUCGUGUGGAAGCACUUUAUAUUGGCCCUGGCGCAGUGUCUGCUUAAUGCCGCU